AAAAAAAAGGCUUUAUAAAGCCAACGGUUACAAUUCUGCUUCCUCUCUCUCUCUCUCUCUGCCUCUGUCUCUGUCUCUCUCUGACUACAAUUUUCUCGGAGCAGCAAAACGCGGCGAGAAAAUUACGGACCAACUGGAAAUCGAAGACCGUCCAAUCUCGGACAAUGGAAAAAAUCGGCUCAAUUCAUCGCCAACUGCUCGCCAUCUCGGUAUCUGUUGAGAAUUUAAGCACUCCUUCCUCGUACAUUUCCCUUUGAUUCUUCCUCUCCGAUAAGAAUCCACACUCUCAGAGAAAAAAAAAAUCCAUUUCCGAUUUUCCGAGAGUUUUUCCUUAGCUAAUUGUUGAUAGAAUUCGCAUGUUUUCGAUUCCAAAACCCAGAUAAUCCAUUGGAUUAAUCAAGUUUCGGUUUUGUUUCGAGCUUGUGUCGUCUAGGUUUUCGAGUUCGUUCUUGAACUUGAACCCCGAGGGUUUCUAUUCUUAUUGGGGAUUUAGGAUUUUGGUCUUUUAAUUGUUGUUGUGUUGGUGUUGUCUGUAUAUGAUUUCUUCUUGAUUUUCAUUUGUCUGUGAUUUUAGAAUAUGAGUCUCUGAUCAAUUUGAUUGAGAGGCCUUGUAAUUUGAAAUCGGUGACAAAAGGCGAGGCUUUUAGGGUCAAUUUUGGGGAGAACCGUCUCGAAAAUGUCUGUUGAUGUUUUGAGUCCGAUUCGCAAAGAAUCGGUUCAUUCCGCUGGUUUUUUUGAGAGCCGGCGUGGGCACUGCUCUAGUGAAUCGAUCCUAAUUUACCUCAGUGUCGCCGGCUCUGUCAUUCCCAUGCGUGUCCUCGAGUCGGACUCGAUUGCGUCGGUGAAACUUAGGAUCCAGACGUGUAAAGGGUUCGUGGUGAAGAAGCAGAAGCUUGUGUUUGGAGGCAGGGAGUUAGCUAGGAAUGACUCACUCGUUAAGGAUUAUGGUGUGACGGGUGGGAAUGUCUUGCAUUUGGUCCUAAGGCUUUCUGAUCUUCUGCUAAUCACGGUUAGGACCAGCUGUGGGAAGGAGUUUGAAUUCCACAUUGAUAGGUACCAAAAUAUAAGGUAUCUGAAGCAAAGGAUUUUGAAGAAAGGGAAAGGCUUUGUUGAUCUUGAGGAUCAAGAGAUUUUCUUCAAUGGGGAAAAGCUCGACGAUCAGAGGCUUGUGGAUGAUAUAUGUAAGAACAAUGAUGCUGCAAUUCACUUGGUGGUUCAGAAAUCUGCAAAAGUUCGUGCUAAGCCCGUUGAGAAGGAUUUGGAGCUCUCUGUUGUGGCUGAAGUCCCUUACAAAACCAGGGACAAAGGAACCAAUGAAGGAGAGAACCGAUCUGUGGAACUUCCUGUUGUAACAAGUAAGCGACCUUGUAGAGAUAGAGAUUUCUGGUUGGAACCAAUUCUUGUUAAUCCCAAGGUCGAAUUGCCACAACUCAUCUGGGAUAUGUUUAAGUCUACAUUUGAUGGUUUGGAGAAAGGCAAUGAACCUAUCAGGUCCUCUGAGGGAACUGGAGGAACUUAUCUAAUGCAAGAUGCAUUAGGCCAGGACUAUGUUUCUGUGUUUAAGCCUACUGAUGAGGAGCCCAUGGCUAUGAACAAUCCCCGUGGCUUGCCCGUAUCAUCAAAUGGAGAAGGGCUGAAAAGGGGAACAAGAGUAGGAGAAGGAGCAUUAAGGGAAGUUGCUGCAUACCUAUUGGAUCAUCCAAGAAGCGGACCUCGCACCUUGUCAGGUGAGGUGAUGGGCUUUGCUGGUGUGCCUCCGACCAUCAUGGUUGAAUGCUUCCACAAGGGUUUCAACCAUCCUGAAGGGUAUGAGUGUGCGCCAAAGAAUAAUAAGAUUGGUUCGUUGCAGAUGUUCAUGAGGAAUGAAGGAAGUUGUGAGGACGUUGGUCCUGGAGCAUUCCCUGUCGAGGAGGUGCAUAAGAUUACUGUUUUUGAUAUAAGGAUGGCUAAUGCAGACAGGCACGCUGGGAAUGUAUUGAUCAGCAAAGGUAAAGAGGGUCAAACUGUGCUCAUUCCUAUUGAUCACGGAUACUGCCUGCCUGAGAAGUUUGAAGAUUGUACUUUUGAUUGGCUUUACUGGCCACAGGCUCAGAAACCUUAUUCUCCUAACACCAUUGAGUACAUAAAUUCAUUAGAUGCUGAACAAGAUAUUGCCCUUUUGAAGUUUUACGGGUGGGACAUUCCUCUUGAGUGUGCCCGCACGCUCCGUAUUUCCACUAUGCUUCUGAAGAAAGGAGUACAAAGAGGUCUCACUCCUUUUGCCAUUGGAAGCAUUAUGUGCAGAGAAAAUGUAAACAAAGAAUCUGAUAUUGAGGAGAUUGUGCGCCAAGCCCACGACUCCUUUCUUCCUGGCAUGAGUGAAGCUGCAUUUCUUGAAGUUGUCUCCAAAGUUAUGGAUUCCAUGCUUGACCAGCUCGCUAAAUAGUUUAUUUGUGUACUAACUAAAUUACCAGUUCAUUUUUAGAUGGACUGCUGAUUUUAUGUAUGUAAUGUGGAUGGCUUACUUGUUCCACAGAAUCGUCAAAGCUUCCCUUUGCACUUCUGUCAACUGAUACUUGAACCUGUAUUGGGAUGUUGAAUAGGAGUCUAAGAUCAUAAUAAUAAGAUGUAUUCUGCUCAGAUUUAUGUAUUGCAAGGUACUGUAUUACUCAGGUGGGAGGUUAAUUUAUUGUACAUAAAUGUUAACCCCAUAUUCAGAUUUGAAGCUCAGAAAAGGAUACUUAGAUAUAGAUUGGUCAUUAGAGGACCAUGGACAACCGAUGUUUAG